CUACCCACCACACCGUGAGCAAUCGGAUGAUUCUGCGAGGGCGGUGCCUAGGAUGGAAGCAGCAGCUACAUAGCGACCAGCAGCAUCCGUGAGUUCUAAGUAGCGUUAGCUCGCUACACUGCACUUAGGUUAAUCCCCUGACUUAAUAUCAAACAUUGCAGAAUACAACGUUACGUGUGCCACUUCAGCCAUCAGUAUAGUAAAGAUAAAAAAGGCGUUGGUAUUUUUGAUUGUGGCCCGUUAACAUUUGAAUGUCACCCAACUGAAACUGAUCUGUCAUUCAGAGGGAGAAAUUAGUUCACAAGCUGGACAUAUAAUGGAGACGGAAAUACACGUGCCUGUAGGCUCACCGGCGAUAAGAAAAUUUCCAAUAUUUGUCGACGAACAUAAUGUUAUCGGUGGGGCCAUGAAGUUAAUAAAAGAACUACGACCAGCAUGGGACAUAAAGCUCGUAAAGACCAAGCCUUUCACGGACGGCACGACCAACAAGCUUGUGGGCUGUUACAUCGAGGAGGAUCCAGAUGACGUGGUGCUGGUGCGGGUCUAUGGCAACCGCACAGAGCUAAUCGUGGACCGGGACAACGAGUUGAGAAGCUUCCAGGUCCUCCACGCCAACGGCUGCGCCCCGCGGCUCUACUGCUCCUUCCAGAACGGCAUCUGCUACGAAUUCAUGCAGGGCGACGCCCUGGGCACACAGGACGUCCGUGACCCCGUGCUGCGAAGACUUAUAGCCAGAGAGAUGGCACGCAUCCAUGCCAUCCACGCCCACAACGGUUGCAUCCCUAAACCCAACCUGUGGAUCAAGAUGCGCAAGUACUUCUCCCUAGUGGCCACAGAAUUCACCGCACAGGCUUCCAACAGCAGGAUCCAACAGGAAGUUCCCAGCCAGGAAGUGCUCGAACAGGAAAUGACCUGGAUGAAGGACUACCUGUCUCAGCUGGGCUCGCCUGUAGUGCUGUGUCACAAUGAUCUGCUCUGCAAAAACAUCAUCCACAAUGACAAAGAAGGCCAUGUCCGGUUCAUAGAUUAUGAAUAUUCUAGUUAUAAUUACCAGGCCUUUGACAUUGGGAACCACUUCAAUGAAUUUGCUGGCAUGAGCGAGCCAGAUUAUGGCCUGUACCCAAGCCGGGACAUGCAGUUGGAAUGGCUCCACACGUACUUGCAGAACUACAAGCUCUGCACCAAGAAAGGAGAGGAAGUCAGUCAGCGGGAGCUGGAGACUCUCUACGUGCAAGUCAACAAGUUUGCCCUGGCUUCGCACUUCUUCUGGGGUUUCUGGGCGCUAAUCCAGGCCAAAUACUCCACCAUCGACUUCGACUUCCUUGGGUAUGCUGUGCUCCGCUUCAAUCAGUACUUCAAGACCAAGCCAGCAGUCAUGGCCCUGACCAUCCCUGAGUGAGCUGGGCCAGGGGCGCAGAAGGGGAGGGUCUGGCUCCAGAACGGACAUCAAACAACCAGACCAUGCGGUGUUCCUGGGGGUGUUGUGGGGUUAAGGGGUGGCUUGGAGGGGGGUUGCAGGCAAAGCGAAACGGUCUGGUUGACAGCGUGUCUCAUGCUCCAUCCUGCAGCCUAGCAUCAGUAACAUGUCAAAUGCAAAUUCCUUUCCUUUUUUCUUUCCUUUAUUUCUCACUUCUUUCAGAACUUUUUCACUUACUUUCGCCAGUCUCCCUAUAAUCCCAUGUUCUGAUUGACCCAGAACCGGACAGAGUUUCGCCAGAGUGUGUAUUUGCGCACAAGUUAUAUGUUUGUGUAUGAGUGGGUAUGCAUGUGUGUUGUAUAAAGUGGACCAUUCCUAAUUAUUUAUUUAUAACAAGUGACUGAGCCCAAUCACACUCACACACACCCCUACACUGGCCAGUCCCACCAGGGCUUGUGUGAGCCGCCGUCAGGUUUCUCAGCAGCUGUGUCCGCAGCUCUCAGGAACCGUGUGCCGUGACGCUUUGCGGUGGUGAGAUGAGUUGGCCGGCGUGGUAGCGCUGUUUGCUGUGGAGCGCGUGUCAUGGAGGGUACUGGUGGGAGUUUAUCAACCCACAGAUUCUCUGGUGGAGUUAGAAGGAAUAUUACCAACAAAAGAGACUUUUAAGCUUGCUUGCUUGCUCUGCUCCAGCAUGUUUUGCUUUUUUUUAUAUUUUAGCAAUUCAUUUAUGGACAGUUUUGUGUCUUUUAAUUCCAAUUCCUUUCAUUUAAUUCCAGUGAUCCCAGGAAUGGUACUCUUGCAAACAAGUUUGCAUUCUCAGUACUCAUCCUGUGCACGGUUAAUAGUGCAGCUCGUCUCGGUUACGGACACAUCUCUCAGUUUUUUUCCUGCUACUCUUCUAGAACAUUCCCUGACCAGUGAGGAUAGUUCUCUUGACCUCCAACAGGAGACAAUGCUUCCACAUCUUUGGCUUUUAUGGUUAAUCGCCCGGCCAGGCUGUGUUUAAUUUUCCACUCAUCACGAGGGGCCCCAGAGCAUAAUCUCCUCCUCCUGCCCUCGGUCAACCUCUCUCUCCUCUCUCUGCCCUCCUUCCUCUCAUGGCCUCUCCUCCGUUCCCUGGGAGAUUCCGCGGGAUUUGGACGGGUGCCGGUCAGAACCUGUUUCUCUCUCGCUCAGAUCCCCUCUCCCAAGGACUUUGAUGAAAAGAAAAAACAACCAAAACGGUUAUGCAACCAUCUCGCGUAAUUGAUACCUGAAGUUCAGGCUUGAAAUUGAAGCAGUUGCCUCAGCUUUAGAUUGUAUGUCUCCACUGUAGAUCAGUUGGUGUUUUCUAUGAGAACAAGCAGUGAGUGGCUAAAGGUGUAUGUAUGAGCAGCUCUGUUGAAUGAGAUGGUAGCUUUUUCAGCAUAGCGGUUAAGGCCCCAGGAGUACUCGUCGCAAGCAGCAGUCCAGUUUUGUCAGGAUUCGAACACACAAACAUACAAACUUUCGAAAUACACAUUCUGUGAUUUGAAAAGGCAAAUCAAAACUGGCCUCUUUGAUUUGUUGGCCUCUAAUUUUAAAUUGGACUGCUUCCGAAUGUACCAUAGUAUCCCUGCACAGCACGGUACACCACAAAACUCUUGGCACGCAUUAUUCAUUGAUGACUGCAAAAGUUUGACUUUUUGACUUUAUAGCUAUACAAUUUUCACGGACCCAAGCUGAAAAUCUCACCAGCCCUUUUCACAGUCCAAUUUAAGUACCGUCUCCCUUUCUGACAGACUCUACCUUUGUUUACCUCAGUCUUUAUGUUUAUCAGGCUGAAUGGGUUUUGCAUUUGCCAAAGUUACCUCACUGACUAAACCACCCGCUCUCCCCUCCCCUUAAGAUUCUCUGCAGUGGCCUUUAGCAUCUUUGCCAUUCAUACAGAUAGUGUAGUUGUACAGAAUUCUGUCUGAUUGUGGAUGUUUAUUUGUCUAUCGCAUUUCUCUUAUUCUUCGGCUGUUACAUUCCUGUUUGUAAUCCAAAAAUCCUGAAUCUGUCGGUUGAAUCUCCAUUGACAAACUGCAAGUUUGCAGAUAGACUUCCAAUCACUGAUUUUAAGUUUUCCCUCUAAGGUGUCAAUGGCAUUUCAUGAUUAACCUGCUCCAGCCUCAAUCGCCCAAAAGCACAAUUCCAUGGGUGCAGGCCACAACCCCCAAAGCUUGCCUGUUGGCUCAUAGUCUGGCGGCUGCGUGUAAAAACUUCAUGACGGCAGGUGAAUUAUUUAGUACCUGAAGCUACAGGUGUUCAUAGCAGAGGAGAGGCUCUCCGACGGUAGCGUGAAUAAUUUAGAGGCGCCCGUGCUGCGUUUCCGCGAGUCACUCCCAGGGCAUGUAACCACAAACUCUCGCAACGCUCAUUCAUCUGUUCUCUCCUUAAGUGGACGAGGGAAAAGGCCAGCAGGAUGCAGCCAUGCUGUUGGCUUUCCAGGGUUAUACACCCCUCAAGUUUCCCUAGAAGAAAAUGAAAGGACGCAUGAAGAUUUACAGCAUGGAGGAGAUUGUUGAUGUAUGGAUAGCUUUUACCCAGUGGCGGUGGUUAGCAGGUGGGAUAGAACAAGAAUGGGUGAUCCAUUUACCAAAGGUUAUAGUUUGUCUAGUAGUGUAUGUUUCACCUCUAGCAGGUCUUUGCCAAAUUGGCCAUGUUAGUCAAGUCUGACCCAUGUCCAAGCUUAAAUAGGUAGGCUGUGUUUCUGUGCAUUACCUCUCCAAACCUUGCACUAACAGAUGUGCAUUGGUGAGGGACAAAAAAAAACACUAAAUGACUGCUCCACAACUCUAACAAUGUACGUCACAUUCCCAUGUGUCAGAACCCCCUCAAAAGGCCAGUUGAGAGUAACUUUCACAGAACACUCAGUUAAUCCUGUUGUUGCUCAUAACAAACAUCAGAUAUGCCUUACGUGUGCGCGUUGGGUUUCUUAGCGGUAGGAUACCUUUAAAUGAAACCCCUCAGGACUCUGGUGAAGAUGAAGGGGUCGUCGGAGGAGCAGGGUCUGUGUGGCUGCUUCAGUACAUUGGCUUAACAUGCCACUCCUUGAAGGUGGUGCGCCUGUUUAUGAGUGAAGGAGUAGAUAUACAAAUCAUUUUAUUAAAAAUAUGCUUUGAUAUGUACCUAUUUUGAUAUGUAAUAUUUAUGUGAAGGCACUUGAAUUAUGGGGAUAUUUAUUAUUGCUGUUUAAUCCAUGACAGUCUUGUUACAUGAACUAGAAUAUCAUAACAUGUUUGCAGUGCUUAUCAGUUAAAAAAAAAAACUCAUUUUGAUUUGAGAAGUGAUGCUAAUCCACAAUGGCUCCCUUACUCUGACUACAGUUCAUUUCCAGUAGGAUCCCUGUAGUGAAUGUACUGUUCUGGGGGGGGGACAUGAACUGAUAACUUGCUUUUCUCUGCCAGGAUUUUUUUGUAUGCAUGUGUGUGUGUGUCUGUGUGUGUGUGUGUGUCUGUGUGUAAUGUGAGUUCUCUUAUUUUUUUCUCUCGCUCUUUCUUUCUCUCUCUCUUUUUUAACAUGGUUUGAAUCUGCCAUGAAGCCCAUUUCAGAGUAGGAUGCAGACACAGAUGUAGUGGCAGCGUGUCUCCAUUAGAGGGAGCUGUUUAACUCGCAAUCUGCUGAUCAAGGGGUUAGCAGUGUCCUGGCUCUCCCCAGUCAGUCUGACAGGCCUUCAUUUCAAGAAGGAAGUGGAGAAAGAGAGGAGAGGAGGGGAGGGUACAGGGACAAAGUUGUAUACUGUAAUAAAUACUGUGAAAAGAUGUGACUGUACAAUGAUCCCUCUCACUUUGAGUGCUUAGGAGAGUAACUUAACGUGUCAAUAAAUAUUUACAUUAAAAUCAUCUGAACCAA